AGGCAUUCUCCCCACGCGGUGGCUGGGUCUGGGUCUGGGUCUGGGUCUGGGUCUGGGUCUGGGUCUGGGUCUGGGUCUGGGUCUGGGUCUGGGUCUGGGUCUGGGUCUGGGUCUGGGUAUCGGUGUAA